AUGAAUGAAUUGCUGAGGGCUACUAUCGAGGAGUUCGUAUCGUCGCCCGCCUUUGGUUUGGUGCGAUGCAGACUGAACAGGUUCUACGAUCGAUUGCGGGUGGCGACCCAGAAGUGCUCUGUGACCGUGGAUGACAAUUCCUACUAUGUGGUACCGUAUAAAGAUCGAGCGGUCCAUUUCCUGAUGGAAGUGCUUGACGCAACCCCCACUGCUAGUACAAAUGACAGCUCGACAGAAAGAGGAAUGUUGCUUCCCGGGAGGUCAACCAUAGCGGGAAAAACAGCCAUCUUGCUUGAGAAGGUGGUGAAUGCUAUGGACAGUUCGAGGUUUGCAAUCAUUCCGCUUGUAUUCGUUUCAUUGGAAUUGAGCCAAAAACAUCGUAUAUACGAAUCUGUGCUGUUCAAAACGAUGAGGAGAUCGGGUGAGGUGUGUUAUCUGGAUAUGAACGGCCGGAUGUAUAAUACGUUUGAUGAAUUCAUGCGACACAAUAUGCUGCCCUACGGUAUACUAUGCUAUGAGAAACUGUUAAGGAUUGGCGGUACAUCUUUAAGAUUCAAGCAAAAGAUAGUGGGUGUGAGGAGAAGAUUAUGGCAAUCAGCCGAUAUACUUUUGGUCACGAUCUAUCUCAUCAGUUGUAUAGGAUUACUAAAGGAAUCUAUCCCAUCCUUCGGACUACUGACGGCUGGUUCGAACAUGUACUUGAUGACCAGAGGAGUGCAGAAUUAUUUCGAUUUGGGACAUUUCAGGGGAUUCAGCACUACAAGAAAAAAAUUGAUCAAUAUCAUGCUGAUUACGAUGAACGUUGUCACUUUGAGUGUGGUCAGCGUUCCAUUUUCUUUUAGGAUGGUUGAGCAACUAAGCGAAUAUUCACUUGCGCUGUUGGGAGGUACUGGGUUGGUUUCGCUUUCAUGGAUGUUCCAGCAGUUAUUAUUAUCGCAAAGCGUUUAGUAAAAUGAUGCGCACCUUCCAUGUAUGCUUUCUUUUGAAUUUUUUUUAGUAUACGGAGUUUUCAUUAACACUUUCGUCGCCUAAAGCGACAUUUCUGAGUUUCUCGCGGGGCUCAAUUUGCGGAUAAAUUAUUAAAUGAAGAUCAAACUUAGUUUGUAGUCAACUUUUAUAUGAUUAUGUAAUAUUUCUCUCAAUUUGAAGACGAAUUGACAACAAUAACACAUGCCAAAGUCAUAUUCUACGGGUUUCAACAAAAACUGCAAUACAAACCAUCCGUACUAUAAAUUAUUAAAAGCAUAGUAUAAACAUUAUAAUGAUAUGGCUAUAAUUUUAUUACUUUUUCAAAUAUCCUAUAGUUACAUUCAGUGCCUAUUCUAUCAAAUUCCUUUUGAAAAUCUUAUUCAAUUUGAACGACGGAGGUGUCACCCAUCUCUGGGUGACGGGGCGACCAACGUGUUAAAUGAUGUGUGAUAAAAAUCAGUGGAAUAAAAAAUAAAAACAAGGAUAGAAUGAAAAUAUUUGGCGCAAUAUCCAUGUAAUCGAUAUAGAAAAAGGCUCAUUUGAAAAAAAUCAAGUUUUAUAAUACAAUCACAAUGCUCUUGUUUAAAAGUUCUUGUUAUAACACUUGUUGAAUUUCAGUGGAUAAAAAUCGAAGA